AUGAAGAUAACCUUAGCGAUUAGUUAUUUUCUGGUUGUGUUGUUAAAGUUUUCUAAUCAGCAAUGUUUUUCAUUAAAUGAUAAGGCUACUCCAAAUAGAAAAAGUCAUGCAGAUUUGUAUGCUGGACAACAGGAAUUUUCUUUAACUCUUUUGAAUGCAAUUAAUAAGUUUAUGCCGAAUGAAAAUUUAUUUUUUUCUCCAUAUUCUACAUACCAUGCAUUACUUCUUACUUAUUUUAUGGCUGGAAAACAAACGGAAAAUUAUUUAAAAAAAGUUUUAAAAUUGGAUUUACAUGAAAAAGAGGAAAAAUUGGAUAUUUUUAAUGCCUAUAAGCUAGACAAAUUUCUUACACAACUUAUGGCCAAAGAUGCCCCCUUCGAAUUCACGAAUGCUAAUAAAAUAUAUGUUGCUGAUAAUAUUCCAAUUCGGGAAUGUAUGAAGAGCUUAUUCCAUGAAGAGUUAGAAGAAAUUGCAUUCAAUCAAGAUCCCGAAGGAGCUCGUAAAUAUAUAAACAAUUGGGUUGAAAACUCAACUCAUAAUAUGAUUAAGGAUUUGAUGCCUCCUGGUACAAUAGAUCAAUCAACAAAUUUAGUGCUUGUAAAUGCCGCAUAUUUUAAAGGUAUAUGGGAAAAUAAAUUUAAUCCCAACUUAACCAAAAAGGAGGUAUUCUAUGUGAGCCCAUCGAAACAAAUUAUGGUAGAUAUGAUGCAUGUAGAAGGACUAUUUGGACACGAUGUUUCCGAAAAGUUAGGAGCGCAUAUUCUAGAAUUACCAUACCAGGGAAAUAAUAUAAGCAUGUACAUUUUAUUGCCACCAUUUACAAAGGAUAAUUCAAUUGAAGCAACUUUAAAAAAUUUAACAAUUGAGAAUUUUAUGUCUGUUAUCAACAGUGAAACGCUAGUUCCAAAAACUGUAAAAGUAGCCCUACCCAAAUUCAGUUUGGAGACAACAGUGGAAUUAGUCCCCAUUCUCGAAAGUUUGGGUGUUGGCAAUCUGUUUCGCGACAACUCAGACUUUUCUUCACUAACUACAAAAAAAAUCACUGUGGCUGAAGGUGUGCAUAAAGCCAGAAUCGACAUAAAUGAAAUAGGUUCUCAAGCAGCAGCAGCUACGGCCAUUUUUAGCUGGAGAAUGGGCGACGAGGAUGAGGUUUUACAAUUUAUAUGCAAUAGUCCAUUUAUUUAUUUUAUUUAUAAUAAAAAAUCACACACCGUCUUAUUUUCCGGUAUAUUUAGAAAAAAAAAUAUUUAA